UGCAAAUGUAGAAUCGUAUACUUUAGUAUUUUACCACGGAGACAAUCCUGCCCGGUUCAUCUAGGUGGAAGGUCGAAAGGAAAAUUUAAGGAACCGACUCAUCCAACAGGACUAAAUCCCUGUUGCGUCAUUUUGCUUUAAAAGUCACUGGUGUACGUGCAGCAAGCGUAUGUCGGGGCUGUUUCAGGAGGCUUCUUUCCUAAAUAUAAUAGGCUCAGACGAACUUCGACGGUUUCUCUUUUUUUCUCUGCUUGCCGCGCUCUGCAACAUCCGUGGAGGUUCUCCAUCCAAAUUGAGGCUUAGCUGACGUGAUGGUUGUGGAACUUACGAAGAUGUUAUUUGCACUGGGAGUGAUUAUCAUCGCUGCUGCAACAACCUCAGUUUCUGCAAAAGUCUGUGUUCUCGGUACGGAGCCCGACCCUGGUGACGGCGGCAGGGUCAAAUUCGUCAUUCCGCCGGGGGAUCCGUGUACCUGCGCCGAGGUCAGACUGGGUGGUCACAAUGCCUACGCUCCGCCGAGACCGCGAGGAACGGUCUAUGUCGGCAUAGGUGACCUGCAAAAGAUCUCUGCAGACGGACUGCGUGAGCAUUUCCCUUGCACUACGAACAAACCGGAGAGAACUUCGACUUCAAAUCCGCGGGAAUCGACGCCUAAAGUGACCACAGGUGAAAAAGGAUUGACAACUAAAGUCACCACCCGUGCGCAGGGGUCGACUUCUGAAGUCGCUACCAUAAUCACAGAAGCAGAUUCGACACAUGUCGUAUCGACACUCCACGAGACAACAAUGGCGCCAGAGCUGACGGAGCCUGCGGCAAAUUGUCAGGAGAUCUUGGAUGCUGGUAUAAGCACUAGCGGUGUAUACACCAUUCAGCAUAACGGUGAGACCAUGCAGGUCUACUGCAGUAUGGAGUCUGAUGCCAGCUAUAUAGAGUACGCCGAGGGUUUCGGCGAUCUGACCGGGGAGUUCUGGCUGGGUAGCGAGAAGCUGCAUGAUCUGACUCGUAAUGGCUCAUGGGAGCUGGUCAUUACUCUGAGGGCGUUCGAUGGACAGAAUGCCACAGUGUUUCAACGACGCAUCAAUGGUUCCGUUAGCUUCAACCGCACUUGGCAGGAGUACGCCGAGGGUUUCGGCGAUCUGACCGGGGAGUUCUGGCUGGGCAACGAGAAGCUGUAUGAUCUGACUCGUACUGGCAAAUGGGAGCUGGUCAUUACUCUGAGGGCGUUCGAUGGACAGAAUGCCACGGUUCGUUAUGAGGACUUUAAAAUAGAGUCAGUGGGUGAAAAGUACAAGCUUGACGUAGGCAGUCUCCAUACAGAUGCAGGACAUGCAGGUGAUUCACUCCUCAACGGGCAGGAAUUCUCGACUAUGGACUGCGACAACGAUGAAUCUGGAAGUAGAAACUGCGCUGCAAUGUUCCAUGGGGGCUGGUGGUACAAGAAAUGUAAUAGCAACAAAACCGGGAGCAACUUGAACGGCUUGUACCACAGCAGCCCAAAUGUCAGUGACUACCAGGGGAUACAGCGGGUCUCCUUGAGAGGGGAAAGUUACUCUCUGAAAGGGUGUGAAAUGAAGAUAAGAUGUGGGCCUUAAAACGGUGGUGGAAAUGGUGGGAGUGGUGGACGUGGUAUGGGUGGUGAAAGUAGUCAAACCUCAAAUGAGCUACAGCCCGUUGGACAUUAGAAUACAUGUCCAAAAGUAAUGAAAAAUUCCUAUUAAGAGGAAAUUAACUGCAGCCAAUAAUGUCAUGGUUUCCCGUAACAUGUACUUCACCGUCAUUACGAAUGUAAAAAGCAAGUUAAUUAAAUUUUUGGCAAGCGGUUCACGUGCCUAUAAUUUCCCGUGCAUUUAUGGAAAAUUGUGGGCAUCCAUGGCAGCCUGCAGGUAUUUCACGUGAAAUGAUGAGAUUUUGAUUUCUAAAUAGUGGGGCUUUAUAUUGAUUGUCUGGCAAGUAGCCAGAGUCCUGACUACUUGUUGCAAAAUAAGAAUGUUCCGUGUAGGUUCCAGCACAAAAUGGCCGUUUAUUGAAACACUGGUAAGAUAAUGGUCAAGUUAGAAAGACCUCUGCAAUAUCAUAGUUUUCAAAGUCCCACAUAAAUUUUCAAUUACAUUUUGCUGUCCUAGUUUUGUGUCUUUUGUUGUCCCAAAUUUUACUCCAAUAAAAUUACAAGUCCUGCAAAAUAUGGAAUUAAUGUGUUUCCUCAAGAAAAUAUUACUAUACCAGUCAAAGAAUAAUCUCCACAGUUCACAUACACAAACAUUAAUUCAGUAUUCUUACUAUUUAUACUUUACUUUAUGUUACCAUAUUAACCAAUUUUAUCCCAGAGGUUGUGACUAUCUAGCCUGACCAAGAACAGUCACUAUCAUCUCAAUCACGUGGUCCCAGUAAGUUGCUUUAUUACAUGCGCAAAAAUUCUCAUAAUUAACGUAGAAUAAGUUUAUUAAGAAUGACUACAAAAUGGGAAGAGAGUCGAAGUAAAAUGAGCUGGAAUAAUCAGUCAUGUUGCUCGCACUGCCUGACGCUUUUAUUUUCUGAGCUAAAUGACAGGCUGUUCUUGUAACGUUCUUAAUUAUGAACUCAUGUUCCUAAGUCUCAUCUGUAUGGUUUGUAGCUGGUAACGUGUUAGAGAUGAGCGAGUGCAGAUUUCGUAUUUCCUUUGCCAGGGUAUGGGCGUUCUCUCCCCCUCCUUGCAUGAUUGUAUUUCAAGCUGCAGCGACAUGGGUCUGCCUGCAGCUGAGCAAGUUACGCAGUUGGGAGACAUACAUCCUGUGUGUACAAUGAAAUGUUUUCCCUUGUUUGCCAGGCUUUCUUUUUCUUCGACAACACCUUUUUUUUAAUUUUUGCGCUGGAGCCAAAGGGGGGACAGCCACCCUGACCCAAAUCAGCUCCUGAGUUAAGCCUUUAUCAGUCUAAUUUCAACUUGGUGUUACUAUGUAGUGGAUGGAAUAGAAUGUUAUUAAGUUGUAUACUUGAUUGAAAUGUUUGUGCAAUCUAUGAAAUGUUAACUACUUUCUAUCUUUUGUGAUACUGUCAGACGUACGUUACUGAAAUCAACCGUAUUUUGGGGUAUUUUUAGAUCAAGUAACUUUCUAAAUACCCAUUUCCAUGAGCGUAAUCCCGGGUGGAGCAAAAACUCAAGGGGGGUUGGGGAGAAUUUUUCAGAUCUUCCAAAGACUAAAAUGCAUUCCAUAACACUUUAAAAAGGGGGAUUUAAAAAGCCUUUUGAAUAUGCUAUUCCUAAUACAUUUUACAGAUGAAUAUCCGUAUCAUGAACACCGACCUCUAGAUAGAGUCAAAUGGUGUCAACCUCACCCCAUUUUUCAUAUUUUAAUGGACGGGAAAGUCACCCCCCCCACCUUUCCAUAUCCCCAAUCCUCCGUCAAAUUUCCUGCAGAAAUUUAUGCAACUGCACGCUUCAUGUUAGAAAAGUUGAUUUCAUGGGCAAGAUUACUUAUUCUCAGUCUUUAUUUACUUAAAGGACAGGAAAGACCGAAACUCAAUUGAAAUUCACAUUGGUAGUAAUAACUUAUUCCUUCCAGUAUUAAGAUGCCUUGCAAAGAAUCAUUUCAUUGUGCAAAAAUACAAAAUGCGCUUGAUACGCCGGAUACCGUCGUGGAUGCCUUGGCUUGUUGUUAGUAAUUCCCUUUGGUAACGUGUUAAGGUAUGGUAAAAUCUGAAGAAUUGUGUUUCAUAGUAUUUUUAACUUUGUGCCGAUGGUCAAGCAUAAAACGUCAAUAACUGGAAUUCUAACUUGGAUUUAUCAGUACACGUUGUUUUAAAUUGUAUGACUGAAGUUUUCUGGUAAGAAAAUGAUUGGAACAGAAAUUUUUAUAACCAAUUAAUAUACGUUUCCGAAAUUACAGAGUAUUGAAACAUUUACCUGGCCUUAUUCUUUUUUCUUGGGAAUUUUCUGAUGUUAGUUACUUAACAUUUCCGUCACAAAAAGAUGCACAUGACGUAGUGGCUAUAUAGCAAGUUGGAAAACGCCGCACAAUAGCUUAGACACGUAUAAUGGAUGCUCGAGGCCUCUUAAAUUACAAACGCACUAAAAACAAAUUUUUCGUCUGUGUUAGUCUCCUUGUAGUAAAGUAUAGAUUGCCUGUUAUAAUUAUCAAUUCAUAUCUUGUUCAAGUUUUGAAAUUGAAUGUGAGAAAAUGUUAUAUAUUAAUUUUCUUGAUUUGUUAGGUUGUCGAUAAAAUUUGUUGUACCUAAAAACAUUUUUUCGAGCAAAAUUCACCAAUUUUACAAGUUGCACGUAAUAAACUCAAACAGAAACAGGUAUAACCUAUAGAUUUGUUAUUUUCUGAAUUGUUUCGAAACUUUAACUUGUUUGAGAGUCAGAUAAAUUCUAUAAACCAAACCUGGUUUUGUAUUUCUACUGUAUCAUUACAUAUUUUUGGUAUCAUAAGCAUAAAACUGAAAUUGCUUAGCAUAUAUAGUUAACACUGCUUACGAAUAACAUAGCUUUUGACAUUUCGAUUUAUCACGUUUAUAACUGAGUAUUUGCCAGACGGAUUGAUUUAGGUCGGAAAUUUUCUGAUCUCAUUUGUUGACAGUUGCUUGCAAUGCGAGUUGUAAAUGAAGGUCAUAUCGUGGUUGUUUAACAAGCUGAAAAAUGAUCACUUAUUUUCCCAAAACAUGAAUACUUAUGAGAUCAUUAAUGCACUUUGCUUGCCAACCUAGUUGGACGAAAGCUUGUUUUUCUUAAUUUGUGAAAAUGAAAGCCGAAUAUCAUUACUCCGCUAUUUUUUCUACUUUGGAAGAGUCAUCUACGUCCAUGGAGACUAAGAGAGUUCUGCUGUACAGAGUGGUUUAAGAGAAUGUGCUCACAAUAUUUAGGUAAAGCAUCGACGCCGUAGUUGUUCUGAGGUGCACUAUGGAGACGUGAAGAAUAUGUAGUGUACCUUUGUCAAUUAUUUAUGAAUAGUUUGUUUAUUUGUACUUAGAAAAUUUGAGUAGUAUUUUUGCCUGAAAUUCAUUAAUAUAAAUGUAUAUGUAUAGUAAUAACGAUUGUCGCUUUUAAUUACACGCCUUUAUAGUCGUAGGUAUUGUUGUAAUAAACGUUUGCGCCCAUGUCACGAACUACACGUUCUGCCCGCCUGC